CUAUGGCGGCGAUUGACACUAUGGCUUUUAUCUCCAAUGGAGUAAGCCUGGUGACAUACUUCACUGGGUAUAUGAACUUCAGCAUCACAAAAUCAGCCACCACUGUGACUAACUUCAUGGGGACAGCCUUUUUAGUGACCCUUUUCGGGGCCUUUCUGUCAGACACUUACCUGUCCAGAUUCAAGACUUGUGUACUUUUCGGGUGCUUUGAAGUUCUGGGAUAUGCUGUUCUUGCAGUCCAAGCACAUUUCCACCAGUUAAGGCCCCUUCCUUGCAAAGGCAUGCCCCCAAGCCAAAUGGAUCAAUGCCAGCCAGCAAAGGGAGGUGAAAUUGCGGUCCUGUUCGGGGGGCUUUACCUGGUGGCAUUUGGCACCAGUGGGGUUAAAGCUGCCUGCCCAUCACUGGGGGCAGAUCAGUUUGAUGAAAAUGACCCAAAAGAGGCUGGAAAGCUCUCGAGCUACUUCAACUGGUUCUUGUUCUUCCUCACAAUUGGUGGCAUGCUUGGGGUCACAUUCUUGGUCUGGAUUAGUGAUAACCAGGGCUGGGAUUGGUCCUUCACCGUCUGCAGCAUAGCGGUUGGAAUGGCUAUCCUGUUCUUAACCAUGGGGAAAUCAUUGUACCGCAACAAUAAUGUCCCCAAGGGAAGCCCCAUUCUUCGCAUUCUCCAGGUGUUUGUUGCAGCCUUCAGAAACAGAAAUCUGCCAUUGCCGGAGAAUGAAGCAGACCUGCAUCAGAUUCCUGACAAUGAACCAGUUGAAAUCCUUAAAAGAACAGAUCAAUUAAAAUUCCUUGACAGGGCAGCAAUCCUGAACCAAGAAUUCCAGGGAUCCUGGAAUCUUUGUACAGUGACACAAAUCGAGGAGACAAAGAUUGUGGUUCGGAUGCUCCCCAUUAUUGCCAGCACCGUUUUCAUGAACACCUGUUUAGCUCAGCUCCAGACAUUCACGAUCCAACAGAGCACAAUCAUGGACAGAAACCUGGGAACCUUCCAGGUUCCAGGGGCCUCAAUACCGGUAAUUCCGUUACUCUUCAUGUUCGUCCUGAUCCCAAUUUACGAGCGCGUUUUCAUCCCGGUGGCGCGUAGCUUCACGGGGAUACCCUCCGGGAUACGCCAGCUGCAGCGCAUCGGGGUCGGGCUGGUCCUGUCGGCGGUGUCCAUGGCGGCGGCGGGCGCGGUGGAGACUCACCGGAAAAACGCGGCGGCAAAGCACGGCGAGAUGGUGAGCGUGUUCUGGCUGGGGAUUCAGUACGGGAUAUUUGGAAUGGCGGAUAUGUUUACGCUGGUGGGGCUUUUUGAUUUUUUCUAUACGGAGAGCUCGGCCGGGAUGAAGUCUCUGAGCACCGCCAUUUCUUGGUGCUCGUUGGCUUUUGGGUAUUUUAUGAGCUCUGUGGUGGUGGAGGUUGUGAAUAAGGUUAGUGGCGGCUGGCUGGCCGACAAUGACCUUAAUAGGGACAAACUUAACUACUUUUACUGGCUGUUGGCUGGGUUGAGUGUUUUGAAUUUUGGGUUUUAUUUGGUGUGCGCUUCUUGGUAUAAGUAUAAAGAGGUGGAAGAGAGGGAAGAACAUGAACAUCCCAAAGGAAAGAUUGAAAUGGGAUUAGUUUAG